AUGGACUGUAGAACUCGUCGAGGUGGCAAAAGUGUUAGUCACGUUGACAAGGUAAACUCGAUCGUCUUUGUUAUUGAGCCAGAGUUUUCUAACCAUGUGCUUGGCGCUGGAGAAAGUCUGCCGCCAAUCAAAAUGAACCUUCUAUCGGAAGCCAUGGAGUCUUACCCAAAAGAUCAUCAAGCUCAGCCUUUGGAUCCAAUUUCAAAUGAGGAUUACAAUGCUGAUGAGAUUCUUCUAAUGCUUGAGGACUCAAACCCAUUAGAAGGAGCAUCGCAAAGUCUCCAUAGCCUCACAAAAAGAAGAUCGAUUGCACGCAAAACCAGAAGCUCCAAAUCAAUAGUUCAACCCUAGAAAAGCGACGUGGUCAACCACUAAAGGGUACACCCAAAAUUGUAAGCAACCAAGAACAGGACAAAGAAGAUGGUCCUAGCACAACAUAUGAAUUCCCAGAGGAUGGUUGAUGGACUGUAUAAUUCAUCAAGGUGGCAAAAGUGCUGGUCACAGUUACAUUGACAAGUACUAUAUCAAAAUAAGCACUGGAUAUUUAUGUCGCUCAAGAGUAGACGUCAACAAGUACAUGUCUUUGAAGCCAUGAAGUAACAAGGUAUCGUGCAGACAUCCACCGAAUGCGAGGCCAUGUGCCUGCUUUGAUGACAGAGUUGGUAUGUGACUCUUAUUUUGACCUUGCAAUCCCUUGUAUAUGUUUACUUUUGACCUUGUAUAAUUCUUGUUAACAAAAAUUUCUUUUAUAUUAAAAAAGUAUGUAUAUGAGACUCUUUGGAGACGUUUAUUUUUUUAUGAAUGAGUGUAUGUAAUGAUGAUGAUUAUGGUAG